AUUUUUUUUUAAAUGAAAAUAUGAAAUAGGGUUUGCCGGUUCGGUGAGAUUAGGAUAUAGAUUUAUCGAUUUUUUUCGAUUCCAUUUUUGCAAUCUCUAUCUCUAGGUUUUACUUCAUAGAGGAAAAAGGGGACGAUUAGCUGAAAGAAAGAAAAAAAGCAAAAACAAUGGCGUCGUCAAGAGGAGGAGGAAGCCAACAAGUGAUCAGAACGGGGGAUAUGGAGAAGAUGAGCUUAGAUCAGCUCAAAGCAGUCAAAGAACAAGCAGAUAUUGAAGUCAAUCUCUUACAAGACAGUCUUAAUAACAUCCGCGCCGCCACCGGCCGCCUCGAGAACGCCUCCGCCGCUCUCCACGACCUUUCCCUCCGCCCUCAAGGGAAGAAAAUGUUGGUUCCUCUCACUGCUUCCCUCUAUGUUCCCGGCACACUCGACGAUGCCGAUAAGGUUCUCGUUGAUGUUGGCACUGGAUACUUCGUUGAGAAAACAAUGGCUGAAGGCAAAGAUUAUUGCGAGCGUAAGAUCAACUUACUGAAAUCCAAUUUCGAUCAACUUAUCGAGGUUGCAUCUAAGAAGAAAACAUUAGCCGAUGAAGCUGGACUUAUUUUACAAGCAAAAUUGAAGCAGUCAUCUCCUUCGAGUUAGGAAUUGCGUGACCUCAUAAUCAUCUCAUUAUCAUUAAGUUCUUAAGGGUUGCUUAGAACUUUAUUGCACGUGAUGUCAAACUUUAUCUUCUUAAAGCUUUCGUUUUUGAUGAAGGUUAGGGACAAUGAUCUUUCCGGUUGGUAAUUUAUAGAGAUUAAUGUUGUUGUUUAGAGUUGCGUUAUACUUCCAACAAAUUUAUGAAUGCUUUAUUCAAGCUAUGUUGUGGUAGCUGACUGUAUUCCUAGAAAAUGAGAAAGGAUCAUAGGGGAAGUUGCGGCAACCAAUUCUCUAUCUCUUUUUCUUCCGAUACCGUCAGAUUGCAGCACAAACAUGGUAGGCCUUUCCCACUUUUCCCACUUUUCCGCUACGUGUCUAACUCACAUUGGUAGAUGAUUUUGUCAUUGAAGUUUAGGGUUUAAGGUUUGGACCUAAACCGAGGCACAUGGUCUGUUGUUUGAUUUAUUUGUAUCUGAUUGAACUUUUAGAUUUCUAGUAUUUGUAUCUGACACUUUUGUUAGGGACGUGUCUGAGCGCUGGACAGGGAUAUGGUCUUGACACAGUAAAAUAUGUGUUGGACAUGUCAAAAGGUAAAAGUAAAAUCAAACGUGAUCAAUACAUGAUCAACGACCUCAUCCCCCCUCCCUCCCGGAAAAGAAAAGUGGAAUCAAUGACGAGUAUUUUGAUAUUGAACUUA